AUUAGCCUAAUCUAAUAUUCACACUCACUAAGCAUGGCUCACAAAACAUACUUCAGCUUCCCCAAAAUUCCUUUCUAUGUGUUCCUGCUUUUCUUUCCCUUUGUUCAAGUGCACCCUGUGGCUUAUAGCCAGCUCGAUUACCGAUUUUACGACUGGUCGUGCCCGCGCUUGCAGAUGAUUGUUAGGAACAAUGUCUGGGCAGCCAUUAGAAACGACGCCAGAAUUGCUGCAUCCCUUCUUCGGUUGCACUUCCAUGAUUGCAUUGUGGAUGGAUGUGAUUCCUCGGUGCUUCUUGAUGACACAGAAGAUUUCCAAGGCGAAAAGAACGCUUUUCCAAAUCGGAAUUCACUCCGAGGCUUCGAUGUCAUCGACAGGAUAAAAGCAGAUGUUGAAAACUUUUGUGUUCCACAAACUGUUUCAUGCACUGAUAUUCUCACCCUGGCAGCUAGAGAAGCUGUUGGUCUGUCCGGUGGGCCUUUUUGGCCCGUCUUAUUAGGGCGACGAGAUGGGACAACGGCAAGUCAGCAAUCAGCAAAUCAGCAAAUACCAUUUCCAUCUGAUUCUCUAAAGACCAUCACUGCCAAAUUCACAGCAAAGGGUCUUGACUUGAAAGAUGUUGUUGUCCUCUCAGGAGCACACACCAUAGGUUUUGCCCAGUGCUUCACUUUCAAGUCGAGGCUAUUCAACUUCAAAGGUUCAGGCAAUCCAGACCCAUCACUUGAUCCUUCUGUCCUCUCAAGCUUGCAAUCCACGUGUCCGAACAUCGAUUCUUCAAAUACCAAUCUUGCCCCUCUUGAUUCCCACAGCACCUUCAGAUUUGACAAUACCUAUUAUGGUAAUGUCAUCAAAAAGACAGGGCUUCUACAAUCUGAUCAGGCAUUAUUGGAUGACCCAAGGGCAGCUGCAUUGGUGAAUUCCUAUAGCAACAAUCCAUUUCUCUUCUCUAGAGACUUUGCAGCUUCCAUGGUGAAGCUCGUUAAUGUUGGAAUACUCACAGGGCAAGAUGGGGAAAUCAGAGAGAAAUGUGGCUCUGUCAACUACUAAAGUUUAAUGUAGGAUCA